AUGUUCGUGUCUGUUGGCCGCAUGGGCGGUAAGCUGGCCUUCUCUCCAGCCCCCACGGCCAUGGCCUUCACCCCAGUGCCACUGGAGGAUACAUCUUCACGCCCCCAAUUCUGCAAGUGGCCAUGUGAGUGCCCGCCGUCCCCACCCCGCUGCCCGCUGGGGGUCAGCCUCAUCACAGACGGCUGUGAAUGCUGUAAAAUGUGUGCUCAGCAGCUCGGGGACAACUGCACAGAGGCAGCCAUCUGUGACCCCCACCGGGGCCUCUACUGCGAUUACAGUGGGGACCGCCCGAGGUACGCAAUAGGAGUGUGUGCACAGGUGGUCGGCGUGGGCUGCGUCCUGGACGGGGUGCGCUACACCAACGGCCAGUCCUUCCAGCCCAACUGCAAGUACAACUGCACGUGCGUGGACGGCGCGGUGGGCUGCACACCCCUGUGCCUGCGCGCGCGUCCCCCGCGCCUCUGGUGCCAUCGCCCCCGGCGGGUCAGCGUCCCCGGCCGCUGCUGCCAGCAGUGGGUGUGCGACCCCGACGCCAGGAGGCCACGCAAGACAGCGCAGCGCCACACCGGCGCCCUAGCGGCCACAGGUGAGACGGAGCCAUGGCACGGGAACUGCCUGGCCUACACGAGCCCCUGGAGUCCCUGCUCCACCACCUGCGGCCUGGGGGUCUCUACUCGCAUCUCCAACGCCAACAGCCACUGCUGGCCCGAGCAAGAGAGCCGCCUCUGCAACCUGCGGCCCUGUGACGUGGACAUGCGUCCACACAUCAAGGAAGGGAAGAAGUGUUUGGCCGUGUACCAGCCAGAGGCGCCCAUGAACUUCACCCUCGCCGGCUGCAUCAGCACACGCUCCUACCGGCCGAAGUACUGUGGGGUCUGCACGGACAGCAGGUGCUGCAUCCCCUAUAAGUCCAAGACCAUCGAUGUCUCCUUCCAGUGUCCCGAUGGGCCUGGCUUCUCCCGCCAGGUCCUAUGGAUUAAUGCUUGCUUCUGCAACCUGAGUUGUAGGAAUCCCAACGAUAUCUUUGCUGACUUAGAAUCCUACCCUGACUUCUCAGAAAUUGCCAAUUAGGCAGGCACAAAAC